CAAACAGUCACCGUUCCUCAUCAUGUCUGCAAAGCUGUUCGUCAUCGCCGCCCUCGUGGCCGUAUCCUGCGCCGCCCCUAACCCCGACUCCCCACCAUCCUACGGGCCCCCUCCCCCAUCCUACAAGGAACCAGGCAUGCCCUACGAAUUCGCCUACGCCGUCAAGGACGACUACACCGGCAACGACUUCGCCCACGACGAGAAGAGCGAUGGCAGCCUCACCUCCGGGUCGUACCGCGUCGCCCUCCCCGACGGGCGCACCCAGAUCGUCACCUUCAGUGCCGACCAUCACGGCGGGUACGUCGCCGACGUGGCCUACGAAGGAGUGGCCUCCUACCCAGCUCCUGCUCCACCCGCCUACGGCCCACCCCCACCAGCCUACCCCUGAGGAGACUAUACUAUACAGGAAUUCGGCUAAAGCACUCGAUGUUGAUUUUGGAUGCCAUAAAUACCUCCUUUUCCGUGUUCCUCUCAAAGGCUGUUGACUCUUUGUUUCGUCUGGACUUUCUUCGUUCUGGAGACUUUACCUGUUCUAGAAGGUCUUUUUUUAUUUUUUUUACUUUCUGCUUCUCAGUGAGAAGAUUUGACUUGAAGCAUAAAUCAUAAUAUUUAUGGUAAAUUAUUUUCGUUAAUAAAAUCAUCUGUAAUGUGA